AAUUUGACAAGUCUAAACUUUUCUCCUGUUCGAUCACGUAUUCGCGACUGGGGAGUCUGCGAACUGGGAAAUGCCGCGAAAAUUCUGCGAGAAAUCACAAACGCCGAAAUACAUCCAGAUGACGCGAUGACGCUACAUUGGUGGAUGCACUGGUUCUGGGUUACCGCGCAAUUUCUUGUGAUUCUUGGCAGUCCUUUGCCGUCUACUACAUCAGAUCCUGUCAAUCAGUCCCAACCGUCCUCAAGGGUGACGUCCUCGCCGAUCGAGAUUGAAGAUAUCUAUCGCACGUCGAAGUCAACCAGGCCGAGUUUUCGCAUCGCCAAGGCUAUCGGUCUUUACCCGCAGACAAAUACGGCCGUGGUGACUGACAGGCAGCAAUCCGUCACCACUAUCGCCUCGUUGCUGUUGGAACGAGGUACCGUCUCCGGGACGAGCGUCCACGAGACAGUCGAGCUGAGUUUCCGCGGUAAUAUCUCCAGCGUCGAGUCGCUCGACGGCACGACGGCACCGCAGCGCGCCGCGGAGAACGUCGAGAGGAUCCGGAACUCGACCGCGAAGAAAGACAGCAAGAUCACGUGGAUCCUGACGACGAACAAAUCGUCGGGUAGACCGAAGUACGAUCGGUCGGAGGAGAGAAAUCAAUCUAGCGUCGCCGGCAGAAACGUCAGCGAGGAGGUCGAGGAUCUCACCGUGCUACCUCUUCAAGAAGAAAUGUCGAAGGUCGACGUGACGUUGAACAGAACGAGAGCCUCCUUCGAAACGUCCCUGUCCGCGGCCGGGGCCGCCGGUAACGCCGCGAUCAGGACGUUCAAUCGAUCCGACGACGAGGUCGAGAUCGACGAGGAGGUGGCUCAGACGCAGCACUUCGCCACGGCGGCGUCUAUCCUCGAAGUUGGCGUGAGCGAGUCCACUCGUCUGAGCAGAGCGAGGAACACUUUCAUCACGCAGCACUUCCAGAGAGAUCAAGUGCAAGGAGACAAUCAGUCCUCCGAUUAUGGCGCCGAUAAUAGCGGCGAAAAUACUGAGCAAGGUUCGGCGACGUCCGCCGCGGGUAUAGCCGCUAUUACGGGCAGCUGUUUAGCGACUGUGGCCCUGCUCAGCACAAUGGGUAGUCUCGGAUUCAUUAUAUACAGGCGCAAGUACUUGAAUCCUCCGCAAACGUUGAACAGUGAUAAAUGCAGCAAUCCUGAUAGCUCCGGCUACAUCGAUGAUUCCACUAUCCGCGAUAACUCGGAGGAAAUGUACAGUUUGGAUAACGACUCGUUCCUAAAUUCGCUAGAGGCAAUGACAAUACAGAAUUACUGGACAGACAGUGUGAAGCAUACGAAGCUAUGACAAAAGAAGAUAACCCAUCCCGGAAAGAGAAUCGAGACGUUCAGCAUUUCCGAUGGUGAAGCACACGAGCAAGUUUCUCUGCUUGAGCAAUAGUACUUACACGUCCGAGACAGCGGUAUUCUAGUAUUAUCGUGCAGAAUACUCCCGUCGCCCGGUGUGCAUCCGGAGGCGAUGAGAGAACACGUACGCUUGCACGAGAGCCGUUAAUCAGUCCCGAUGGGCUGCGAACGAACGUUAGCUACCUUGGACGUUAUUAUUCCGUACGACGUAAAAAAGAAAAAAAAAGUUAUAGAUCAAAAUUGCGAGCGAGACGGCGCGUAUCUGUAAACGUCAUUUCGCGACGUGUUGAUUUACGUGUCACUUCCGUCGUUCCUAUAUUUUUCUACAACGCAUGCGGCCCGGCGAGAGUCGCGCUUAGGCGGGAAGUGGCGCAGAAUUAUCCUCGAGUAUUUCCAUUAAAUACGAUUCCAUAGUGCAAUAAAAGUGAAGAAAAUCGAUGUACUUUAUUAUUAAAGUAAUAUAGUAACAUUAUUCUAGAGAGAUAAGAGUACAAAUAAGGCUAUAUUAGUCCAUAGCUAGAGCACUCGCUAAAACUAAAAAAACAAAGAAUUAAUUUAUAAUAAGGAUAUUUGAAGUAAUAUUCCUAUAGGCGAGUAUUUAUAGUACAAUGCUUCCAAUAAUGCGAAUUGGAGCUCAUAUUGUACAAUGUUGUACUUACUAAUGGUUUUAAUCUUGGAUUUGAAUGCCGGUGUCUUCUGCAGUUUCACUUUGAAAUUACAUUACAAUCGUGGUGAUUAGCUUCGGCCGAUGCUGACAGUCGCUUAACCAGAUAGCUUGAUUAAUAUUUUCGAAGAUCGGAUUUACGGAAGAUCGGACCAAAUCGUACGUAGAUCUUAGCUUUACGCCUUUACGACAUAUCCAGCAGAAAUAUUGAUUCCAAUGUUUUCCAUUACGAGAAAUCUAGCUUGUACCUAUAUGUACAUACAUACGUACCGUUGUAACGUUUUAUGUAUAGAUGUGCAAAUCUGCCGUCGCGGCCACGUAAGGCGCGAUUAUAGUUUUAAGUAGCGUUUACCCAGAUAUAUUUCUAUACACAUCCGAAACAGGGAGGAAAAAAAAAGGAGGCAAGAGAGAAUCCAUUGUGAUAGAUCGUAGCGUUUAAUAUGUGUAUAAUUAUCCUUGGCUCGUUUAUGGUUAACGGUUGUGAAUAAACACGUUGUCAUGUAUUAUACACAUUCCCCGCCGUCCCUUCCUUUAUCCGUGAUCUUUAUUAUUCUCAACGUGAUCCGAUUGUUUCCGGCUUGAAUUAACAAUCGGACAGACGUAAGAAAUUUUAUGAAUUUUUAGAUUAAAAACGGUUAUUUUACAAUAGAGCGUGUAAUAUAAGCGUAAUCUUUGUUCCAAAAAAAAAAAAUUAUUUAAAUAAAAGCACUAAACCUAAUAAACUAAA